AUGGCCUCUUCUAACAAUAGUAAAUUAUUUAUAUAUUUGAAUUUGCUUGUCGCAGAAUAUGGCAUGGGCAUUAAGGUCUCCAUAUUAGGAGAUAUGUACAGUUUUGGGAUUCUAAUGUUGGAGAUAUUCACGGGAAGAAGACCCACAGACCCUUUGUUCCAACCAAGCUCUAGUCUCCACCACUUUGUGGAAACAGCAUUGCCAGAGAACGUUAUGGAGAUUCUAGAUAAAACAGCUUUUCAUGGUGAGAGGAUGAGUAAAGAAACCUAUGGAGAAGAAUGCUGGGCCAGUAUCAAGAAAGAACAGACGGAAUGCUUGGUUGGCAUACUUGAGAUUGGAGUUGCAAGUUCAGCUGAAUCCCCAAGAGACAGAUUGACCAUGAGACAAGUUUACAGUAAGUUGACAGCAAUUAGAGAAAAAAUUCUAAGAGCAGAAGUUGCAUGA